AUGCUAUAUUCAAAGGACAAGUUCAAAGCAGAAUGGCCCACUAUUGAACUUAUGGGUCGAAAUUCAUUAGUGGCUGUCCAUGGAAAAGCUCAUACACAGGUACACAACUUUGUCACCAAUGCCAUCAAUCGACCCGAUGCCCUAAACAGAAUCGUUGCUCUUGUUCAACCUCGUAUGGUUGCUGCUCUUCAAUCUUGGGCACAAAUGGAUAAAAUCAAAGCUCGGUUUGAAACUCAAAAGAUGACAUUUGAGAACAUUGGAAAAUUAUUCUUUAGCAAGGAGCCAGGUCCUUUUCUACAUUCCUUGGAUAAACUCUAUCAAGACUUGCUUCUAGGAGUGAGAGCCUAUCCAAUUAACAUUCCUGGUUUUGCAUACCACCAUGCUCUUCAGUGUAGAAGAAAGCUUGAUGACUUUUUCUGGAUUGAAAUAGAUAACAGAAAAAAUAAAGAUAAGGUGGAAACAAUUGAUCUAAUGGAUGGGUUGAUGCAAAUUGAAGAUGAUGAUGGUGACAAAUUGAGUGACAAAGAAGUUGUAGACAACAUUGUCUCUCUAGUAGCUGCUGGAUAUCUAUCAACUUCCCUUGCAUCUACUUGGGCUAUAUACCUUCUUGCUAAGUAUCCAAUUGAAGAGAACAUGGCUUUCAGAAAGGGAAGUCCAGAGGAUUUUAUUACACCUAAAGAUGUUUUGAAUUUAAAAUACACAAACAAGGUUGUUGAAGAAGUAAUAAGAAUGGCCAAUCUUAUUCAGCCCUUUCAAGAGUAG